CCUUGGCGGAAGUACCGGAAGUAGCACUAAGCGAUAUUCCAAUCAACAAAAAUAUGACAAGUAUCGAAAGUGGGGGAAAGUUCCUAUGACUAACAUGCGAAAUGAGUGGUAGUUGGAUAGCAGAGGCAAGGCUCUGGCCACAGGUGCUGCUUGAUGCCAAGUGGAUUAAAACAGACAUACAGAGUGCCUUCAGUCGUGAAGGUCUGAGUCGCUUGUGGAACGAGCUGGUCAAAGAUGGAGAAGUGGCUGUGCGCGGCAGCGACAGCCUCUACAACAGUGCAGGCGCCCUAGCCAAGAAAGGGGACACCGGUAAAUACUACUGUGGCAUGAAGGUGUUGUCCUGCCCAUGCUGCGAUGGCCACUGUGGACCUGACAAUGGCUGUAACUGCCCGGCCUGUCAGAAACUGGACCAGGAGGAAUCAGCGCUGUUGGCGAUGGAGGCGACGCAGCCCAAGCCAUCGAUGCCUGUCAUUGAGUCGUGGACUUGGGGGCAACAGCCAGACAUCAACAAGCUCAAAGAAUGCCUACAUUCCUUAUUACAUGAGCACCAGCAACUGUGUAUUCAGUCGGCAGCGACAACGUUGUCGGCCACGCGACUACACCAGCGACUGGCAGUGUUGGAGCGAUACUUCACCGCCGUAUGUAGACAGAGUCCUUAUGACAAACGGGCUCCAACCAAGAAAAGACAAGCCAACCAGAGCAACCUCAACAAGCAGAAAAGUUCCUCCUCAAAGCCAGCAGAGAAAGCCACAAUGGGACUUGCAAGAGUUGGAUCCAGGGCAGCUCUGAGCUUUGCCUUUGCAUUCCUACGACGAGCCUGGCGUUCAGGUGAAGAUGCUGACUUGUGUAGUGAGCUGCUUCAAGAGUCGCUGGAUGCCCUGCGAUCUCUGCCUGAAGCCACGCUGUUUGACGAGGCCUCUGUCUCCUCCGUCUGGCUGGAGGUGGUGGAGAGGGCCACCAAGUUCCUCCACUCAGUUGUAGCAGGGGACCUGAGUGGCAGCAGCAGUGCCCGAGGCUCCAGUAAGAUUCCUGUACAGGACCAGCAGAUCGCUCUAGCUCUCCUCCUGGAACUAGCAGUACAGCGAGGAUCUCUCAGUCACAUCUUAUCAUCAGUAUUACUUCUCCUCAACCUCUGGAACAACAGUCACCAUGAAUACGACAACCGUAUCAGCAGCAGCCUCAUCUCUGCACCACUGCUGCCGCUGAUCAAACGUUUCGAGAGUGUCCACAAUUCUAAGUCAAGGAUCUUCGAAAUGUCCAGAUGGGACGAUGCGGGUUCAUUCCAUGUGAGCCCAACGGAAUGUUUCUUGCGAUAUUUGACGUACCCUGAAGACGAGAACACGGCCGUGGACCUGAGACAGAGUGCCGUGGUCAUCAUGGCCCAUCUGGACCGACUGGCCGCACCCUACCUACCACCCAGCUCCAGCCACAAGAACCACCGUUCAGCAGUGACACAAGAAGUGAUGGGUUGGGGGUGGCUGGGCUGGAUGGGCGGAACCAGCAACAACGGACCACACCUCCUGGACUUCUUCAACGACAUGGGCGGCAUCCAGCAGGUGGCGUGUGCAGAGAGGUGUCUCCUGGCGCUGACGAGAACUGGACGUGUGUACACCAUGUUCUACAGCUCUGAGUCACAGUCCCCUCAACCUGUGGGUGGGUUCGGAGACAAGGAGGUGAUCAAGCUGGCCGCCCACCCUGACAGCAAACACUUCCUGGCCCUCACAGCAGAGGGGGACGUCUACUCCUGGGGUAAUGGCGAUGGUGGGAGGCUUGGCCACGGGGACUGCAUCUCCCGUGACGAGCCCACCCUCAUCACAGGCAUCUCUGGGAAACACAUUGUGAACAUCUGCAGUGGCAGCACCUACAGCACCGCCGUCACCGCCAACGGUGAGCUCUACACAUGGGGUCGGGGCAACUACGGCCGUCUAGGGCACGGCAGCAGCGAGGACAGCACCUACCCCAGCCUCGUCACGGCACUGAAGGGUCAUCGAGUCAUCGACAUCGCAUGUGGCAGCGGGGACGCACAAACUGUUGCUGUCACAGAUACUGGUGCUGUGUACUCGUGGGGGGACGGGGACUACGGGAAGCUAGGGCGAGGGGGCAGUGACGGGUGUAAGACCCCCAAGCUGGUGGAGAAGCUGAUGGGCCAGGACAUCAUCAGAGUGUACUGUGGGGCUCAGUUCAGUCUCGCCCUCACCAAGGCAGGGGCCCUCUUCUCAUGGGGCAAGGGAGAUAACUACCGUUUGGGACAUGGCUCAGAGGACCACGUGCGACACCCGAAGCAGAUUGAUGGGUUGAUGGGGAAGAAGGUUGUAGAUGUUGCGGUGGGGUCCAUGCACUGUGUGGUCAUCACCGAGGACGGGGAAGUGUUCUGCUGGGGGAAGAACGAGCAGGGGCAACUUGGGGAUAACUCAGUCGGGAACAUCAUCGAACCCACGCUGAUGUCUGGCUGUGAGAGCAGAAACAUUGUUGGUGCAUCGUGUGGACCCUCUCAGACCUUCAUCUGGUCCUCCAGUGGGCACUGGUCAGUUGGGUCUCGCAUCCCCUUCACUGUCGACAUCUGCAAGUCCACGUUUGAGCAGCUGAACGAGAUGCUGACAGAGGUGUGCGAGGGGAUGGAUGGGCGGAGUGACUGGCCGCCACCCCAGGAGAAGGAAUGUAUGGCUGUAGCAGGGCUCAACCUGCUCAAUCUGCAGCUCCAUGCAACAGUGUCUCAGGCGGAGGAUGUGGAGUGUCUCGGUCUGGGGCAAGGCAGCCCCCUGGUGGUCAGCUUGAAACAAAGAGUUGUGGCCCUUGCAAGUAACUCUGGUGUUCUGAAUACAGUCCAGAUGGCAGCACAGGCCACGCUGCAGAGCGGCUGGUCCAUUCUGCUCCCUACAGCGGAGGAGAGGGCUCGUGCUCUGUCCUCGCUACUGGCUACUGGAAGUCGCGACCUGACAGUGAUGAGUCCAGGUCAGCGGUUCAUGACGGACCUGCUGGUCAGCAGUCUGAUGGCCGAAGGAGGGCUGGAGUCAGCUUUGCAGGCAGCCAUCAAGAAGGAAAUCCAGGAAAUAGAAGACAAGAAAGAGAAGGAGAGUGAGACAGGGGAAGACAACUCUGAGGACGGCAAGUUGAGUGAGGCCACCAAUGCGGAGAAGUCUGAGCAGUCAGUGAUUGAGAAGGCGGGCCCGACAGCCAAGGGGGGAGACCUGGACACUAAGGCAACCAUCCCCCUCCUGCAGCUGAUACAGCAGCUGCUCAGAAACUCUUCAACUCACACACUUUCCAAGCUGCAAGACGUGUCGCGGGACAGCACACUGAAGUCUCCCGAUGCAGAGCCAGUGGAGACAUCUCCAUCACUGGACUUGCUGCUGCAGUUUCAGAGACUUCUGGUCUCCAAGAUAUUUGUGAAAGAAACAAACGAAAUCUCCCAUUUCAUGGAUGUGAAGGAUGACGAAGAUCCCUCCAAACCCUCAUCAGAAAUAGGCCUGGAGAUGCGAGGAGCUGCAUCGCUGCUGAAGAAGUACUGUAUGUUGCUGUGCACCCAUGUUGGGGACAUCCUCCCUGCUGCUGCCAGCAUCGCCAGCAGCAGCAGCCGCCACUUCUCACUCGUCUCCAAGAUCAUCGUCAAGGAUGUCACAGGAGUGCUGCUGCCAGAGAUGGUGACCUGUAUGAUCCUACUGAACCUGCGGAGUCCGGAAAUUGUCACCCUGUCUAAAGCAGUCCCUGUGUUGGAGGAGAUCUUGGAUAUACUGGACAAGUUCAACCGUCUGGCGCCCGGCCUGGACCGUGAUGACAAGGAGGAUCUUGCCUGGCCUGGAGUGUGGAGUCACACACUGGAGAGAUACACUCAGACCUCGUUUGACGACGUUCAGAUGAUCAGGAAGGCAGAUGUCGAGAAUCACAACAAAGAUGGAGGCCUGUGGGUGGUGAUCCAUGGCAAAGUAUACGACGUGAACGACUUCAAGUCACUGGCACCUUGUGGAAGGGAUCUGCUCAUGAAGUAUGCUGGUCGAGAUGCCUCAUCUGCGUUUGAGGCUGCCCACCAUUCUGAGGAGGCAAGGGAGAUGAUGAUGGCCUUCUAUGUAGGGCAGUAUGUGGAUCCUGAGAAGGAGGUGAUUCAGACCACGGACUCCAACACGAUGUCCUCCCCUCUGAUGGACACAGAGAGGACGCUGGGUAUUCUCCUGGGUCUCCAUGCUGCGGAGCUGGCUCGCAGCUCCCAGCUGUCUAGCGACGAGCUAGAGAGUCGACACUGGCUGCAGGCCGAGUUCUUCAGUGGAGGGCUGCAGGUACUUCAGCCUCACAACAGCUAUGACGAGGAGAAGGGGGAGAGUCGCACUCCCAGCUCAUGCACCACAACACCAGGUGCCACACCCACGUCGGAGCAGUGCCACCUCCCCCAGGCCAUGGACAAGGAGCGUCUGUACCAGCAGGAGAACCCCAGCAACGACGUGGCCCGGCCCUUCCUGCAGGCCCUGGCUGAGGGCAGGAUACAUGACCCCACAGUGAAGGCCUUCCUGGGCAUUGUGGAGAGCUUCCUCAAGCAGAACCACAUGGUGUUCCCUUUCUCCUUUCCGCAGGACCACCCCGUGGAGGAGGUCGGCAGGUUGUUGAUGGCAGUGAUACUGAAGCACCAUGACCUGGGUCACGUCGUCCUGGGUAUUAUUGAACACGGCCAGGGGGAGCACGGCAGCAAGCACAGUCUGCCCAAAUCUCUGGCAGAACUCUGUAAGGUCAUCGCACAGACCAAGAAGGCUUUGAUUAAGGCCCAUCAAGACCAGGGAAGGUCGUAUAAGGAAGUGUGUGCGCCUGUCAUCGAGAGGUGCCACUUUCUGUUCAAUGAGCUCAGACCUGCUGUUGGUGAUGAAGUGAAUGCGUUUGCCCGAUCCAAGAUGCUCAAGUCUAUGCCUCGCUGGAGGGAAGUCAUAACCAAGUUCCUAGAGGACAAGAAAAAGUCAAAACGUCUGGCGGAGUCCAGGGAGGAUAAGGAGCGAGACCAGGACGAGAGGGACACACUGCAGGCAGCAGGGGGUGCCACUGCAGCUAAGGAGGAGCUCAACACUGAGCUGAAGAAGUCGGCUACAGCUGCAGCAGAAUCUCAGGAGGGGAGUGAUGUAGAGGAGGAGGGAGCCAGGAAGACACCGGAGAGAGACAGCAGUCUUGACGAUGGACUGGAACUGGAUCCUGAUGCUCUGAUUGGUUCUGAUUCUGAGAUGGAGAAAGCCACCACCACUUUGAAACAGCCCGACCCCUGGGAUCACAUCGUCAGUGCGGUGACCAGCACCCAGAGGCUGAAGGCUCUGCGCCAGCGUCUGACCGGGGCCCACCCGGAGAUGCCCCUAGUUAACAAGAUCAUCGAGUUUGUCAUGUACGAACACCCAAUAGACAUUGACAAGCUGCGGAGAUCUCUGCACUACCAGGUUGCGAGGGCAGAGCUGCGGCUGAAGGGCAUCCAGAACAUGCUCUGUCUGGUUCACAAGGACCACCUGGUGCCCUCCGUCAAGUACGCUGUCCUGUGUGGCUGGCAAGGACUCCUCACCGUGGGGCGCAAGUUCAACACCCCCCUUCCCCACUGCCUGGCUAACGUCAAACUCAUCCCACCGUGUGAUCGGAUCCUGCUGGAAAUGACGUUUGCGGAACUCUACCGCUGGGCCAUUCGGGAACUUAGAUCCUGUGUCAUAUCUGCUGACAUGAUCUUCAAGGCAAAGGGAGUCAACCCUUCCCAACCAGCCCAGGACAACACCAAGGAGCGGCUGAGUCUGGGAGCCCUGCCAGUGGCGCGGUUCAUCCUGGCGACACUGGGCAUCUUGAUGGCGGAACAUCAGUCCAGCAGUCUCAGUCUGCUGCUCAACAGUGGAGUCCUGGCCCUGACACAGAGCAUACUCAGGCUUGCAGGUCCGGACCCAGAUCUGCUGAUCCCGGACAACAACAUGGUGGUGUGCACCGUGCCAGAGGAGCAGAAGGUCAAGAAGCAGACGCAGCAGAUGCCACUGUCUGGAGCGGAGCUGGCCGCCAUGAUGAAGAUCGGGACUCGGGUCAUGAGAGGGGUCGACUGGAAAUGGGGUGAUCAGGAUGGUCCUCCGCCGGGUCUGGGUCGUGUGAUCGGGGAGCUGGGGGAGGAUGGCUGGAUCAGGGUGCAGUGGGACACGGGGAGCACCAACAGCUACAGGAUGGGCAAGGAGGGCAAGUAUGACCUCAAGUUGGCCGAGCCUCCAGAACUCCCUGACAAUGAUGAAGAAGAUGAAGAAGAACUGGAGUCAGAGAAAUGCAAACCUGAGAGCAAACACCCGACGUCCUUGGUGCGUCGGUCAACAAUAUGGCUGCUGCGCUCCUUGUCUGUGAGUUCUGGGAUCCACUCAGACCGUGCUCAGAAGGAGGCUAUAGGAUCACUGUGUGGGCUGAUGAGGAACGUCGUCGACUGUGGCUGUAACUAUGGUCUCAAUGUCAACUCAACAGCAAUCCAGAUUGCCAGCGAGCAGCACUUCAACUGGUGCAGCCUGGGCUUUGUGCGUAGCAUCGCGACGGGGCAGGUAAUCAGCCAGGCUCUGAGCACACCCAGGUGGAUCUCUCUGUUGAUGAAGAUUCUGGAGGAGGAGCAGGGAGUGAAGCAUGUCAAGAACGUCUACAGACAGAUCCUGACUCUGAAGCUCCUCCGAACUGUUUUACCUUCCUGGGACCACAGCAUGGACGUCACCCGCAUCAAUGACAUCAUCCAUCGCCUCUUCAAACUGCUGGGUUCUGUACUGACAGCCUGUGCAACAGACCCGACUCUCAUCUCACAGUAUGAGAGCCCUCGACCGUGUCGGAAGCAGGUCCGAGCGCCGGUGUCCAUCACAGCAUCCUACACCAGCACCAUCACGGAGGAGAUCGUGGCUCUGCUGAGGAAGCUGCACUCUCUCGACACAUGGAACAUCCACAUCAACAAGUUCAUCGAAUGUCAACUUCCCCGUAUCAUCGACCUCAUACUAGACAGACCAUCUCCACAGCCCCCGACUGACGACAGCAGACAGGGCCAGGACCAGGAGACAAUCGCCGUUGUGAUGGCUGUUCUGGCCAUGAUAGGAGGGGUGGACAACCGACCUCGGCUUGGGGGACUCGUCCUCCAUGAAGCUUACGGAGUCGGCACAAUAUCCAAGAUCACACCCAAGGGGAAAAUACAUGUCCAGUUUCAUGAUGGCUCAGCACAAGUUUGCCGUCUCACGGAGCUCACGUCGCUCCCCCUGGUGGAGUUCAGUAUUGAGAAGCUGCCUCUGUCUGGAAGUCUGCUGACCAGCUGGGCUAAACUGGUCAGUCUCGCUGGAGCUGGCUUCCGUACAGAGAGAAAGGAGGAAAUCCCCCGUGCUCCACUGGCAACCAGCACUGGCAGCAUAGAGUCUGUGUCUGGGACAACGUCUGUCGGAGGAUUCACCAUCAACCCAAAGGAGUUGCGGAAGCAGCAGAUCAGACUCAGUCUGCUCCGUGCAGCGCGGGUCCUGUUCAGUCGUCAAGACAACCUGCGUCAGAUCUUGUCUCAACCGGUUGCAAGUGAAUUUCUCCAUGACGGCUUUGGCGUUAUCGAGGAGGAUGUGAACACGGAAACGUCGCAGGGGACGUCGCUGAUGCAGCAGCUGUUGAUGGCGGCCACUCAACCCUCACCACUCAAGGCCAUGUUUAGCAGAGAAGAAAUUGAGGCUGCUGCCCUGGCCACAUGUCAGUAUCUGACUGCUGAGGCAGGUCAGCCGUGUGACUCUGACGAAGACACCAGCUCUGAUGACGACCAGAUGAUGGCUUCUGGGAUAUCGUCCGUCACGUCAUAUAACACCCCACCGGUUGCAGCCCCUGUGCCCAGGGUGCCACGCCCACGCAAGAUGAAGCCCUCACAGCCUCCACCGUCGUCCUUGGUGCAGCAGAUCAUAGAGAUGGGCUUCCCCAGGAAGAACGUGGAGUUUGCCAUCAAGGUGCUGGGCAAUGGAGCACUCAGUUCGGCUGAUUCUCGGAGUGCUGAGGCGCUGGUGAGCUGGCUGAUCGAACAUCAGGAGGUUCCAGGACAGGAAGAGUCCGACACAGACAGUCUGUCCUCCAUCGAUGGAUACUCCGAGAGUGACUCCAUGUCAGAGGACUUUGAUGACUUCGACACAUAUGAUUUCCUACCUUCCGACCGAGGUGGUGCCUCCGGGCCUCCGACGCCCUUCAAGAAACGCACAGACUUCCUCAGCAACGACGAGUAUGCCAUGUUUGUCCGCGACCACAUCCAGGUGGGCAUGAUGGUCCGAUGUUGUCGCACAUAGGAAGAAGUUCAUGAAGGCGAUAUCGGCAAAGUCAUCAAACUGGACCGCGAUGGCCUCCAUGACCUGAACAUCCAGGCGGACUGGCAGCGGAAGAACGGGACGUACUGGGUGCGCUACAUCCACGUGGAGCUACUUGGCUUCACUAACAUAUCGUCAGGUAACCGCACAGAGUUUGGCAGCCAGAAUAUCAAGGUUGGUGACAAGGUACGAGUGAAGCCGUCCGUGUCGACACCAACGUACAAGUGGGGAUCUGUCACUCACGGCAGUGUGGGGACUGUAACAGCUAUCAACCCUAACGGCCGCGACAUCACAGUGGACUUCCCACAGCAGGCCCACUGGACUGGGGUCAUCGAGGAGAUGGAGCUCGUGCCCAGCACACAUCCCAGAAUCUCAUGUAAUGGGUGCCAAGUGUCUCCACUGACAGGGCCGAGGUUUAAAUGUAAGAUCUGUGAUGAUUUUGACUUCUGUGAAAACUGCUUCAAGAACAACAAGACCCACAAACACCCCUUCAACAGGAUCACUGAGCCAGGUGGUGAGCCGGUGUAUGUAGGGAAGCCAGGGAAGCACCAUCGCCCAACACCCAGAGUGGCCAGUGGCUCUCUAGUGGACAACUGGCACAUGUGCUGCAAGUCCAUCCAUGUGUCCUCCCGUGACAACCAGGGCUCCAAACUCAUCGACGGAAACAGCGGAUACUGGCAGAGUUCCGGAUCUCAAGGAAAGCACUGGAUCCGCCUGGAGAUGCAGCCCGACAUCCUCAUCAACCGGCUGUACAUGCGUGUGGACCCCAGUGACUCCAGCUACAUGCCCUCUACGGUGGACAUCCUCGGUGGGGAGUCCAUCCACAACAUGAAGGAGCUGCGCACUGUCCACAUCUCACCCACGGACACACUGGUCACUCUGCUGCAGGAGAUGACAGAGUACUACCGCCUAAUUGAGAUAGACAUCCGCCAGUGUCGUAGCAGCGGGAUUGACUGCAAGGUCCACGGCCUCCAGAUCGUGGGACGUCACCGGUCAGAGGAGGAGGACUCUGCUGCCAGCUUCUCGUUCCUGGCCUCAGACAAGGAGGAUGAUGAUGAGCGGCCAGCUACACAGCCUGGCAGGAAGAAGCUGAGGGCAUUCGGCAACAAGGACAUCCAGACUCACGUGUUUGUCUGGGGGCUGAAUGACAAGGACCAACUUGGGGGACCCAAAGGAUCAAAGAUCAAGAUGCCUGUCCUGAAUGAGAGUCUGUCAGGAGUGAAGUGUGUCCAGAUCGCAGGGGGCUCCAAGAGCCUGUUCUGUGUGACUCAGGACGGGAAGGUGUAUGCCUGUGGGGAAGCCACCAAUGGACGUCUCGGCCUUGGUAUGAACGCAGGCAAUGUGUCGGUACCCAGAAUGCUCACUUCUCUCAGUCAGUAUCACAUCAAGAAGGUGGCUGUUCACUCAGGUGGGCGUCACGCCAUGGCCCUGACAGUGGAUGGCAAGGUGUUCUCCUGGGGGGAGGGGGAUGAUGGCAAACUGGGACAUUCCAGCAGGAUGAACUGUGAUACUCCCAAGCUGAUCGAGGCUCUCAAGUCCAAGAGAGUCCGGGACAUAUCCUGUGGUAGUUCCCACAGUGCGGCCAUCAUAUCUAACGGUGACCUGUACACCUGGGGCCUGGGAGACUACGGCCGUCUCGGACACGGUGACAACACCACACAGCUGAAGCCCAAACAGGUCAAGGCCUUGGCUGGUCAGCGUGUGAUCCAGAUUGCGUGUGGGAGUCGGGACGCCCAGACUCUGGCCCUCACAGACGAGGGUCAUGUGUACUCCUGGGGGGACGGGGACUUUGGGAAGCUGGGGAGAGGCGGCAGUGACGGCUGUAACUCCCCCCAUGUCAUCGAGCGGCUGACGGGACUCGGGGUGUGUCAGAUUGAGUGUGGUGCUCAGUUCUCUCUUGCUCUCACCAAGACGGGUCAAGUCUGGACGUGGGGUAAGGGGGACUACUUUCGCUUGGGCCACGGGACAGACGCACAUGUUCGGAAGCCCCAGCUGGUGGAAGGCCUUAAGGGCAAAAAGGUCAUCCACGUAGCUGUAGGGGCCCUCCACUGUCUCACUGUCACAGACCAGGGACAUGUGUAUGCGUGGGGCGACAACGAUCACGGCCAGCAAGGUAACGGCUCCACAACAGUCAACAGGAAGCCAGCGUUGGUGCAAGGUCUGGAGGGAAGCAAGAUCAUACGUGUGGCAUGUGGGUCAUCUCACAGCGUUGCCUGGGCAACAACCGAUUUGUCCACACCAACAACACACGAGCCAGUUCUGUUCUCGGCAUCUAAGGAUGCUCUUGGUGCUACACUGCUAGGGAUGUUUGAACCCCAGGGUGAUGAAUCAACUCUGCCAGUGAUGGCUCCACAGCUCCAGAACAAGAACAGUCGUCCGUCGCUGUCCAAGAUCCUCCUGUCGUUAGAGUCGGAUGUGGAGAAACAGAAGGCGCUGGCGCACGUACUGACGGCACUCCAGAUUCUCUAUGCCAGAGAUGCUAUAGUUGGGUCCCUGGCCCAGGAGAUUCAGGUGCUGGCCGAACCCAAGUCCUGUGUCCCAGUCACCGUCACACCCAGCCCCGACACCAGUACCCUCAUGACGGCAUCAGAAGGGGUAGUCGACCACACAGACAUCGACGUCUCCAUCGUUGACACCAUGGAACAGAGUGGACAUAGUCAGUUCUCCAUGGACAUGUCGUCAUUCCGAAGCAUGCACAGCCUCGCGGCGAAGGUGUCUCCUGCCACCAGCAUCAUUGCAGAGACUUUCACGUCGCCGGACGAGGUGACCCGCACCAUGGACAGUGUGAGCACGGCGUAUCCCCCUGGACUGGACGAGUUCACCAGCAGAAUUUCGGCAGAUGACUCCCGGAUCCUGGUUGACCUCCUCAAGCUGGCUGUAGCCUGCAGGGUCGGAGAGAAGGGCAAGGAGACACUGUCUGAGGUCCUCACUGCCCUGGGCAAGGCGUACCCUCAGGUCGCGGAGAUGGUGCUGGAGCUGUGUGUGACAGAGCUGGAGGAUGUUUCUCUGGACCACAGGACUCGGACGUGUACGGCCCAGCCAGUGAUACAGGAGAGUCCCCACCCUACACCGAUGACCGUCACAGCUGGGACGCGUCAAGAUACCGGAGCUGAGGCACUGCGUGUAGAGAGUUUGACCGGCUGCUACGAGAGACGGCAUGAUCCUCUCACCAUCAUGGACGGGUCAGGAAGGACAGUAGCCACUAGAUCAGGUGAGCGGGAAUGGUCUGAUUGGUGCAUAAGAACUCGUGUCCAGGGUGACGAACUCCGAUGGAAGUUCAUUAGCGAUGGUUCCGUCAACGGCUGGGGUUGGCUGUUUACCGUGUAUCCCGUCAUGCCAGCAGCUGCUCCCCUGGACAUGCUCAGUGACCGCACCAUCCUGUCCCGACCCUCCAUUGACCUGGUCACCUGUCUGCUGGACUUCAAACUGGAGCUCACGAUGGACAGGAACAUCAUCCCCAGACUGGCGGCUGCACUAGCAGCGUGUGCCCAGCUCAGCUCACUAGGUGCCAACCAGAGGAUGUGGGCUCUACACAAACUGAGGAAACUGAUGGCCGGCAACUUCGGCCCCUCCAUCAACGUCAACGCCCUUCUAGCCAGCCCCACCUCGGAGAGUCCAGACCAGGAGAUGCCCCGGACAUACUCAGUGUGUCUGAGUGGGUCGGCCCUGGCCUCCCUGGUGAAGGGGCUACCGGAGGCGCUACAGAGACAGUACGAGUACGAGGACCCCAUCGUCCGCAGUGGCAAGCAUCUCAUGCACAGUCCGUUCUUCAAGGUGCUUGUGGCCCUGGCGUGUGACCUGGGUAUGGACACUCUACAAUGCUGUGCUGAGGCCCACAAAUGGGCAUGGUUCCGCCGCUACUGCAUGGCCGCCCGCGUGGCUGCUGCAAUCGUCAAACGGACGCAGCUCCCGGUGGUGUUUGCGGAGGAAGUGAUGAAGAAGAUUCAGGACAUCGCUGCUGAAGGCGAGAAAAUCACACGGGACCACGAGGCUCACGCUGUCUUUAAACAGAUGCAGGACGAGCAGCUUCUUAUGUGGAUGAACAGGAAGCCUGAUGACUGGACACUGAGCUGGGGUGGCAGUGGCCAGAUCUGGGUGUGGGGUCACAACCACCGAGGUCAGCUGGGUGGGGUCGAGGGGGCCAAGGUCAAGCUCCCGGUCAGCUGCGAGUCGCUGGCUAGUCUCCGCCCCGUGCAGCUGAUUGGAGGAGAGCAGACAUUGUUUGCCGUCACAGCUGAUGGGAAGGUGUAUGGUACUGGCUAUGGUGCUGGCGGCCGUCUAGGUAUCGGUGGCACCGAGUCUGUGUCCACUCCUACACUACUGGAGUCAAUACAACAUGUGUUCAUCAAGAAGGUUGCUGUCAACUCUGGAGGCAAACACUGUCUGGCGCUGUCCUCUGAGGGCGAGGUGUACUCGUGGGGGGAGGGAGAAGAUGGCAAGCUGGGACACGGAAACAGAAGCCCAUGUGACCGGCCUCGUGUGAUUGAGUCUCUGAGGGGGAAGGAGGUGAUCGACAUCUCAGCAGGUGGAGCACACAGCGCCUGCAUCACGUCUAACGGAGAACUGUACACCUGGGGAAAAGGUCGUUAUGGACGUCUUGGACAUGGAGACAGUGAAGACCAACCUAGACCGAGGCUGGUUGAAACUCUGAAGACGACGCGAGUGACUGAUGUGGCUUGUGGGAGUGGGGACGCUCAGAGUCUGUGUAUCACGGAGGAUGACUGUGUCUGGUCGUGGGGAGAUGGAGAUUACGGAAAACUUGGUCGUGGGGGUAGUGACGGCUGCAAGGUACCGGUGAAGAUUGACUCCCUGCAGGGCCUGGGGGUCAUCAAGGUGGAGUGUGGGUCCCAAUUCUCCGUGGCUCUCACCAAGUCAGGGGCUGUCUAUACAUGGGGCAAGGGAGAUUACCACCGGCUGGGUCACGGCACAGACGAUCACGUCCGACGACCUCGCCGCGUGUCAGCACUCCAGGGCAAGAAGAUCAUAGACGUGGCAUGUGGAUCUCUGCAUUGUGUCGCCUGCUCUGAUGCUGGUGAGGUGUACACGUGGGGAGACAAUGAUGAGGGGCAGCUGGGAGAUGGCACCACCAACGCCAUACAGAGACCCAGGCUAGUCGCAGCAUUACAAGGCAAGAAGAUCAACCGUGUGGCGUGUGGGUCCGCCCACAGCCUGGCCUGGUCCACACACAAGCCGGUCAGUGCAGGGAAGCUGCCCACUGUCAUCCCCAUGGAGUACAACCACUUGAUGGGCCUCGAGGUCACCACGCUCCGUAACAGGCUGGUACUCCUACACCACUUCUCUGACCUCUUCUGUCCAUCCAUCCCCAUGUUUGACAUGCAGGAUGGAGGAAGGGAUGAGGAGAUUGGAGAUGCUGCUACAGGUCUGGAUGCUCUGAGAGGAGUCCUUGUGUCCACAGCCAAGGAGACGUCUUUCCGCAAAGUAGUCCAAGCCACCAUGGUUCGAGACAAACAACACGGCCCUGUGGUGGAGCUCAACAGAAUACAGGUGAAGCGGUCGCGCAGCAAGGGAGGUUAUGCCGGUCCUGACGGUAUCAAGUCAGUGUUUGGCCAGAUGGCUGCCAAGAUGGCCGUGUUUGGACCAGACAGUCUCAUGCUGCCACACAGAGUGUGGAAGGUCAAGUUUGUUGGUGAGAGUGUGGAUGAUUGCGGAGGUGGAUACAGCGAGUCUAUCGCCGAGAUGUGUGACGAGCUCCAGAACGGCUCCCUACCUCUUGUGAUUGUGACACCGAAUGGCCGGGAUGAGUCUGGAGCCAACCGUGACUGCUUCCUUCUCAACCCCAUGAUGAAACAGAUGCUACACCAGAAUAUGUUCCGCUUCCUAGGAAUCCUGAUUGGUAUUGCAAUCCGGAGUGGAAGCCCCCUGAGUCUCAACAUAGCCGAGCCUGCCUGGAAACAACUGGCCGGUCUGCCUCUGACCAUCUCCGACCUGACCGAGGUAGACAAGGACUUUGUUCCAGGGCUGAUGUGCAUCAAGGAGAUGGACGAGGAGACCCUGAAGAUCAACGAGAUGCCGUUCAGCAUCCCCAGCGCCACUGGCCAGGAGAUCCAGCUCAGCUCCAAGUACACCCGCAUCAUGUCCGACAACCGGGCCGAGUACAUCAAGCUGGCCAUGAACUACAGACUGCACGAGUUCGACCUGCAGGUGAAGUGGGUGAGGGAGGGGAUGAGUAAGGUCAUUCCGGUGCCGCUCCUGUCGCUCUUCACCGGAUUCGAACUCGAGACGAUGGUGUGUGGCAGCCCAGACAUUCCCUUAAAUCUCCUGAAGUCAGUGGCGACAUACAAGGGCAUCGAUGCCACGGCGCCACUCAUCCAGUGGUUCUGGGAGGUCAUGGAGGAAUUCACCAACGCUGAGCGGUCACUGUUCCUCCGGUUCGUCUGGGGUCGGACACGACUACCUAGAACCAUCGCCGACUUCAGAGGAAGAGACUUUGUCUUGCAGGUGUUGGACAAGUACAACCCUCCGGACCACUUCCUCCCCGAGAGCUACACCUGCUUCUUCCUACUGAAGAUGCCGCGCUACUCCUGCAAGACUGUACUAAGGGAGAAACUCAAGUAUGCUGUCCACUUCUGCAAGUCGAUCGACACAGACGAUUAUGCCCGAGUUGCCCUGACUGGCGACGUCAUGGACGAUGACACUCCCGAGGCCAGCGACGACACUGAUGAUGUUGAUAGUGGAGAGAGUGAAGGAGAGAUUGUUGAUUCAGACGCAAGUUAGCUUUUCCUGAAUAUGAUGUAGAUGUUCUGAACUUGAUGGUUUCUGGAAGAAUUGGAAACUGUUUGACUCGGUGUAUGACUCAAUGUUUGAUACAAUGUUAGAUAUGAUGUGUCAAUCGAUUUUGUAAUCGAUGUUUGACACAAUGCUUUACAUGAAACACUGUUCAACACGAUGUUUGACUCAUGUUUGACUCAUGUUUGACACGAUGGUUGACUCGAUGGUUGACACGAUGUUUAACAUGAUUUUUUACUCGUGUUUGACACAAUAUUUGACAUGGUUGACACGUGUUUUUCAGACAUUGUUCAACAUUAUGUUUGACUCCGUGUUUGACACGAUGGUUUGAUUCAACAUUUGAUAUAAUGUUGGACCCAUUGUUUAACUCAAUAUUUACAUUGAGAACCAAUCAGGACAACAUCCGUGACAUUUUUGUGAGAAUGAUGAAAUAACCUGUUAGAUACUGGAUGAAUAUUUUUGUAUGGAUAACCAUACCAGAUUUGCAUUGAUAAUUAUUUUGCAAGACUGUGAUACGAUUAUUUCAGUCCAUAGUUAGGGCUUUCGAUGCAGGGAGGCCCUUAUCAUGGAUUGAACAACAGAUAUGGAAUCCAGGUUAUUUGUGACAGGAGACAGCUUGAAACCAGAUUUCUAAGAAAACUUAUUCACCUUCCAAAUGUGUCAAGGCUCUGUAGAUGUUUAUGCUCCAACUGCUUGUCAUGGUUGCAAUAUUUGUACUUUACUGUUUUAGAUUAGUUUUAUCAGUCAAAUGUGAACACAGUCAUGUGAUCACACACUUCGAAAGCUGAAACUCAACUCAAGAUGGCUGCCAUCUUGUAAAGGGAGACAACCAAGACAGUUUGCAGUGAAUGACUCCAACACAAUGUAUCAGUAGGACAUGUUGUCAUAUUUUCAACAAUAAUUUGGAUUAGUAGGAGGUUAUCUAGAUUGUCAUAUCAGUCUUUUUCCUAUCUUAGUUGUAAGUUUGCUUACUGCAGUCAACAUGGCGACAAAUCAAUACAUUGCCAUCUUUACCACCUUUAAAAUAUUUGUAAAUCGGGAGGCAUUUUGUAAUACUGGUGAGUUGUUAGUAUUCAUAAUACUUAAAGAAUACUGUCUCAAUCUCAAAUUACAGUAUUAUGCACUUAUUUAUUUGUAUAUAGGCUGGCUUUGGUAACUUGUAUAUCAGGGUCAUCGAAGCUUUUACAACAGUGUCUCAUGAAAAAUACUGAUAUAUUGUAUAACAGAUUUAAUCUUUGCUGAGGGGUGAUGGGGUAGCCUUGUGGUUAAAGCGUUCACUUCGCACGCCCUGGGUUCGAUUCCCCACAUGGGUACAAUGUGUGAUUCCCAUUUCUGGUGCCCCCUGCCGUGACAUUGCUGAAAUAUUGCUAAAAACGGUGUAAAACUAAAUUCUCUCGCUCACUAAACACAUCAGGGUAGGCACAAGGGCUUUUUCCUUCUUCUCUUGAGUUCCCAUCACACAGCCUUGCAUGGCACAGCUAAUCAGAAUAACUAAAAUAUGAUCUUAAAAAUAUAUGUUUUGUUUUUAGAAAAAAAAUUUACAUAACUUUUUCAUAUGAGAGUUGGAUAUAAAGUAAAUAAAGAAUUAAUACCAAGCACCAUUUUUUAUAAAUAUUUGUAGAUAAUAAAAUACCAUGUUCGUGUAUACAUAUCUCCUUAAUAUAUCAGCUCCUACCAUAUCGUGUCGUGAAACUACUGAAGCUACCUUACCAGGGAUAGAUGCUGAUUUCGGAAUUUCUAUGGGAUAGUUCAAUUAGUUUUUGUCAGUUUCAUUUUAGUUUUGUUAGUAUUUUAAUGCUUCUGGUCAGCUAUGCUUGUUGUCUGUAGAGCUGUUUUUUGUGGUGGAACUGAUCAUCAAACUAAAUAAGGUCACACUUUGAAGGAAAAAUUAAUUUUCGAUAUUUUCCAGAUACAAAUAUUUACUGGUCUAAUAAGAUAUAAAGCAUUGGAAAGAUUAAAAGUCUGUUUUGGGAAUUGUUGGUGCCUAUUCUUGGUGGUUAUUUGUUGAACAAAACAUUAGGUCCUGAUUAAAUACAUAUAUACAUUAAUUAAUUAAAUAAGUAUGUGAAUUAACAAAUUCCUCUGCCUCACAAGACAUGAUACUUUAGUUAGUAAUAAUAUUGAUGACAAAUAAUUUUUUUCUUUUCAGUGUUUUUUCUUAGCAUCAAAUAUGUGACGAUAUUUGAACAUUUUGUAAGUGCAAAGACAUUCGCCAUGCCGUCAUUACUAACAUGCCAAGACAACUAUUGUGAUAUGUAUGUGUCAGUGAGCUUGGGUGCUUAAUUUAUGUUGUGUGAUUGGUCGCAAUGUGCUUGUGCUCUUGUAUGCGGAAGGAUACCGUAAUGCUCAAUUAACAGAUGUGGUUCUGCACCACAUUGAUUCAGUGGGGUAGGCUUGUCGUUCAACCGUUCGCUAGUCAUGAUGAAGACCCGGGUUCAAUUCCCCACAUGGGUACAAUGUGUGAAGCCCAUUUCUGGUGUCCCCUGCAAUAUUGCUGGAAAAUUGCUGAAAGCGGCGUAAAACCAUACUCACUCAUUGAUUCAGAUGAAUUCCUGAAGUGGCUUACAGCAUAUGCUACCAAUGGUGAUUAUCUGGUGCCACUCAUUUGUAUUCUAUGGUUAACAAAUUUUCCAAAAAAAUUAGUUUGGGUCAGUCGAAAUAAUGCAAUUUGGCAUGAAUGUUAUUAAGAUGUAGUGUGGUGGGUAAGAAGAUGCUAAUAUUGUGUUCAGCGUGGGAUUUUUAGUGUUUUUACUCUUGUAUGUAUAUAUCCUGUAAAAAUAGUUCAAAUUGGAAGUUUAUUAUUUUUCACCAGAAGGUUUUUACUAAUAUCUAUAAAUCAUCUUAGAAAAUCAGGUUUUAUGUGAAUUUUACAGUUUGAACAUGGUGGUAAUGUAUUCAUUAACAGUGGAAAUGAGAUUGGGUGUCGAUCAAGUUUGCGAUAAUGUUAUGCAGUGGGAAAUUUUGGUUUGUGAUUGUGAUUAUAAGAUUCCCUUUUUCUCUCCAUGGUAUUGAGGUUGAAUUUUAAGUUGAGUUGUGAUGAAAAGCCAGUCUGUUAAUUGAGCAAUAUGGUAUUGUAUUUAAACAGUUAUAUUCCCCUAGGUUUGUAUACUUUGUAUAUAUUAGUAGAUUUAUUUGAGAAAAGUUAUUCUGUUGACAGUUCUACAUAAAAAAGACAUAUAUUUUUUCGCAAAAAUAGUUUUGAAAAGUAUUUGCUUUUUUAUAUUUGAUAACUGUUAAUUAUUAAUUAUUUCACUUAGACUUAACUUGUUGGUAGUCAUAAAGUUUGUAUCCAAAUUAUUCCUUUUUGAAGUUAAAAAUAAUUAACAAUCAAGUUUAAAACUAAAUUAUUUUGAGGUACUUUAACAUUUUCUCAGAUGGAGAGUUCGAAACUAACACACUGGAACUUUGUUGCUUGAAGUUGUGGUGCCAGCACCAGAUACAAACCAUAGUACUUGUCAGGAUUCUAAUUGUUGUCUGUGAGAGCUGCCAAACAUGAUCGGAUUGUCAUACAACUACACAACGGGGGCUCGUGAUGUUAGUCACUGGAUUGUUUGGUUCAGACUUGCUUAUUUAUAGACUGUCAUCAUAAAGCUUUAAAAUUGCUGAGUGCAGCAUUAAACAUCAAAAUUAUUAUUUAUAGUCUAAUGAGUCAAAUUACUUCACUGUUUGGUAAACAUGUUAUUUGUUUUAGGAAAAUAGCAGGAGAAUACAUAGUUCUGAAUGUUUAAGCUACAAUGUUGACUUGCAUUAAAUAUCUAUUGAACAUCAGAACAACUUAUGUGGUAAACUGAUUCUAAAUAAUUAAUUUCACCAGUAUUUAAAGAAAAUGUUGAAUAGUUUGAGCAUAUUAGGAUCUAUAGGUGAAUUGUACUUCAUCAUGAAAGCCCCAUUUUGUCUGGUUGUAUUUGAGUCUGACAUUACUUCUUCAAGAGUCCUAUUGUUGCUAGCAAUUGUACCACUUUUGUACCAUUUGUGUACCAUUUGGGUCCAAGUUCCAUCUUAUGUAUCAGACCCAUGUCAGUGUUUUGUAUGGCUGGGAUCAUAAUCAUGUCAUCAGUAAGCUCAUCUUUGGUGCACAAAUUUUCAAAUCAAAAUAUUUUCGUCUGUCUGGGACAGUAACAAUUUUGUCAUUUUUGAAAAAGCUCAUCCGGUUUUACCAUUUUCUUUGAUAGAUGAAAUCAAGAAACAUGUAGUCGCCUUGUUUGAUGUGUGAAACUGUUGUGCUCAGCAAAUGUAAAUAUUGAAUAUUGUACAUGUGAAGAAGACGCUUUGUAAAUUUUGUACAGCUGUGUGUCUCCAUCUCUAAGCCUCAACUGGGAGGGUUCUAUUCACAGAUGGUUUGUAUCAAGCUAUACAAAAAAUAAACAUUUAAAGAUU